UGGCUUUGAAGGCUGCUGGCAGGACUGCAGAUGUUUACUUUGUGUCGCGCGGAGGAAGAGAGGAGACAUCCCUCUACUUUCACACAGGGAAAGCUAUUUGUGUGAUGGGAAAAAGGGAAACAAUUUGAUUUUUCUUUUUAAAUAUAGAUCCAACUACUUUUUCCAUCUCUAGAGUCUCCAGAGACAAUCCCACUUGGGUGCUGUGAGACAUGGGCAGCUUCAAGGGGCAUGCUCUCCCCGGGAGCUUCUUCCUUGUGGCUGGGAUCUGGUGGACAGGAAAGUACUCCCUCUGGCACGCCACCCGGAGGAACAAGAGCUUAGGUUCCACCCGUCUGGCCAGCAGAUCCUCGCAGCGACGCCUGGAGAUCAUUGAGAGCUCCGUUGUGCUCUUCUUCUCCUUCGUUGGGAUACUGGGGGAGCAGUUUGCAGCAGGCGGGCCGAAGUUUCAGUUGUACGACUUUGUGGAGAAGCACUGGGAGCUGCUGAUGAACUGGCAGCACACCACCAUGUACCUGUUCUUUGGCCUGGCUGCAGCCGUGUCUCUGGUCAUCCACACCACCGAGGCGGCGCCGCUGGCACUGGACAGGUUAAUGCUGGCCAUCGCUUUCUUCAAUGAAGGAUUCCUUUUCCUCUACCACCUGCAUGGAAGGAGCAUGCUGGACGUCCACGUCCACCAGCUCCUGCUCUACGCCGUCUUCGGUGAGGCUCUCGUUGCCUUCCUGGAGGUCUUCCAUCGGGGUAACAUCCUCCUGGAGCUGCUGCGCUGCACCCUCACAAUCCUGCAGGGAAGCUGGUUCUGGGAGAUUGGUUUCGUGCUGUACCCUCCCAACGGACCCGAGUGGGACCUGAAGGACCACAACAACAUGAUGUUUAUUACUAUGUGUUACUCCUGGCACCUCGUCUUCGCCAUGCUUGUCGUCAGCGUCUUGUAUUGCACCGUCAGCUGUGUGGUUCGCUCCAGACUGAAGAGGACUCCUCCGAUGGAAAUGGGACUUCUGAAAGCCAGGGACCGGGACGCCGAGUCAGAGGAUGAGAUUUUAUGAGGACUUUUAUACACCUCAUGACUCGUGAAUAUUUGACAUAAAUCAGGGACACGGUGCUCGCAGCCACAGCAGCAGUAAGAUGGGAACCAAGUCACGAAGACAAAACAGGGGUAUGAACAUGGUUUAGCUUGGAAAUAUAUCUCUACCUCUGCCUAAUUUAAAGGUAGAGUAAGGGAUUUUACGUAAUUUAUAACCCAUAACACUUUGUGUUACAUUAUUUGUCUCCAUCCACUAGCUGCCAAUCUUAAGAAUACACAGUUUAAUAAAAAUCCAACACAGUCUUGGCUUCAUAAAGUGGAAACAAUCAGAGCAGGGGCAGCCUGCCCCACUAAACAUAACAAAUACCACCAGGGGAGGGUUGAAGUUCAUGCUUGCACACAUGAAGCACUAAGACGAGAGGCUUGAGAGAAAAACUGAGUGUAAAAUAUCAACUGAUGUGACAUUAUCCAGAAAUCCCUUACCCUGCCUUUAAUCAGCUGUGACCCCCCACACCCCCUCAGCCUUACUAGCUAUUUAUUUUAAAAGUAACAUGAUACGUUUCGUAUAUAUAUUCAUUUUAUCUCUGUUAUUAUUUUUGCACAUAAAGUUACGCUUUUUGUGAAUCAGAUGCUUUACAUUUGGCUCGUCAAAACCUUUGUUGUUCAGACAUCGUGUUGUUCAGUGGUGAAAAACAAACAUUGUUGGUGCAGUAUUAACAAUACUACUUGAAGUGUGCCUUUUACAUAGUUUAUAUGGCUUUUUUGUUUCACUAUAUAAAGUAAGGUCUAAUCUAAGUUAGAGCUUUAUUAAAAUGAUGUAAAUGUUUUACUUUUGUUGAUCGAUAUAAAUAUGGUAUAAUCUACACAAUGCAGAGCUCAAGACUGUUGAAUACUGUUUCUCAUUGAAAAUGCACAAUUACUCGCACAUUAUUUGUUAUGUAAUGAGAACAUGUGUAAAGUGUAUGCAUGCAUCACGUAGCAAUCCCAGCAGAGAGCGGCAUGCUCUCUUGACGUCACAGUUGGUCAUCAUCUUUUGCUAAACUUCUGUAUUAAUGUAACCUGAAGCGGUGUCACAUCUUCAAGUCUUGAAUGUAGACGAAGAAACCCUAUUUAAACAAGGGAGCCGAAAUAUUACACCUCUAUUUUUUGGAAAAUGUUAUAUCUCUGAGCAACAAAAACAUGUAAACCUCUAUAAGAUGGAUGCUUAAAAUUGAAGUUGAGCUAAAAGUUGGUGUCCAGCAUGUUAGUGUAUAUUUAUUAUGAUUGUUUGUCUUUGUUUUUUGAUAAGGAAGUUGUCCCUGCACAAGUGGGUCAUACCAGAUCACCAGAUACUGAAAUAUCAUGUUAUAUUGAUGGACGUCUACCACUAACAAAGGUGUAAUGCUGAAUCUGGUUCCUCAGUAAAUCAAUAAACCAAUGAGGCUGAGGUUUGGGCUUUGAUUGGGCCAUCCCA